AUGAAGACGACGCUCCUUCCCUCUCUCGCCUCCUCCUCCUCUUCUUCUUCUUCAAAGUCAUCGUCGUCAUCUCGUACGUAUCACCAGUGUUCUUGUGCGCUCGUCGUUUGUGCUGCUUUUCUCCGAGGAAGAGGACAUCAUCAUCGUUAUCGCAGACGACCAUCGCAAACGGCGGCAACCAACGCCUCCUCCUCCUCUUCUUUGUCUUCUUCUUUUCGUUUUCGACGGAGCAAUAAAACGAGGCGAGGGAGUCAAAACGACAGUAGUAGUAGCAGUAGCACCAACAGCAGUAUGCUCGUGAACGAUGAUGUGGACGAUCCGACCAUCCGCCCAACCGCUGAAGAAGCCAUCUCGUGGGCGUUUCAACACGGUUUAGUCGUCGCCUCAGGGAAGGAGACGGCUGGACAAGUGUUUCACGCGCCAGUCGCGCUGUAUCCGACUCCGUUUCCGAAAGAUGUGUUUGAGUUUGCGAAAGAAAUAACGCCAAAAUUUGCGGAGUUGUACGAUAAAGUCUCCGAGGACGACGCAUUCAUGCGAGAGACUUUGAGAGAAGCCGCGCUGAGCGACCCGGAGUUUACCGGGAGACUCUGGAAAAUUUACGAGGCGUGCGGGAAACGCGGGAACGGGAGAUUAGAUAAAGAGCUAGGUAUUUUACGGACGGAUUAUAUGCUCGACACGCGAUCGGGAAUGCCUUUACAAGUCGAAGUGAACACAGUGAGCACGUCUUUUAUGGGGUUAGGCUCGAAAGUGACGCUGUUGCAUCAGCAUUUAGCGGAGUAUACGAAAGGGAACAUCGAUGACGAUAUGAAGUUGAAGAAAGAAAACAUGCCGACGAACGACUCGCUCAAUCAAGCGGCGAAAACCCUUUGCGAAGGUUGGAAGUGCAUGGAAUGCGAGAACGCUAGUAUUUUAAUGGUUGUUCAGGAAGGGGAAACGAACAUAUUCGAUCAAAGAUUGAUAUCUCAGAAAGUAUUCGAAACAAUCGGGGUGAAGACGAUUCGUAAGACGCUUCGGGAAAUCAACGAAAGCGGUAGAUUAGAUCUGAAAACAAACCUCUUCUCCAUCGAUGGUCAGUUAUGUAGCGUCAUAUACUUUCGCGCUGGCUACUCACCGAGCGAUUUUCCAAGUGAAGCGCAAUGGGAAGCGAAGAUGUUGUUGGAGAAAUCGAGCUCUUUGAAGUCGCCUUCGGUGGCCAUGCACCUGGCCGGUUCGAAGAAGAUUCAACAAGCUUUAGCGGAAGAAGGCGUGCUCGAAAAGUUUAUGCCAAACGAUGCGACCGAGAUGCGAAAAGUGUUUGCCGGUUUGUAUUCUUUCGAAGGCGAAAAAAACAUGCAAAAAACAAUCCAACUAGGAUUAUCUAACCCGGCGGAUUACGUGUUAAAGCCACAACGCGAAGGUGGCGGGAACAACUUGUACGGAAAAGAACUGAAAGAAAAAUUAGAAAACGAUACGAAAGAUUUACCGGCGUACAUCUUGAUGCAAAGAAUAUUUCCUCCCAGUCAUCAAGUGACCAUGUUGAGGAAAGGUUUAGCGCACGAAAUCGAAAGCUUGAGCGAGUUGGGAAUUUACGGUUCGUAUUUGCGCAAAGGCGACGUGAAUAGUAAUACCGCACGAGUCAUGAACGAACAUGGCGGGAGCUUGUUGAGAACGAAAGCGGCUUCGAGCGACGAAGGUGGCGUUGCGGCUGGCUACGCCGUUUUAGAUAGUCCCUAUUUAGUGUAA